AUGGCAACUGUAUCUAAAAAGGAAAAUAGAUUGGUUACUGAACAAAAUAUCUUCAAUUACUGUAUAUCUGGUGAUUUAAAGGCAUUGAAAGAAUGUGCACAUUCUGUAGGUCAGGUGGUUCACAAAAAUUCACUUGAUGGUCAAACUUGUCUGAUUGUUGCUUGCAGAAAUGGUCACUUAGGUGUCGCUGAGUACCUCAUCGAUGUUCAUGGAGCAGAUGUCGAGCAAGUUGGUGUAGUAGAGUUUGAAGGGGAACAAGUUGAAGGUGUACCUCCAUUAUGGUGUGCUGCAGCAUCUGGACAUUUAAAACUAGUCGAACUAUUAGUUAGUCGAGGUGCUGAUGUAAAUCGUACAACAAUUACAAAUUCAACAGCACUUCGUGCUGCAUGUUUUGAUGGUCAUGAACAGGUUGUUCGAUAUCUUGUUGAACAUGGUGCAAAUAUUGAAAAUCCAAAUCGUCAUGGACACACUUGUCUUAUGAUUAGUUGUUAUCGACGUCAUGAUAAUAUUGUUGAAUAUCUACUCAGUAAAAAUGCUCGAGUGAAUCGACGUAGCGCUAAGGGUAAUACCGCGUUACAUGAUUGUACAGAAAGUGGAAAUUUAAAAUGUUUACAACUGUUGCUGAAUCAUCGAGCUAUUAUGCGUAAAGAUGAGUAUGGCCAGUCUCCGAUUAUGUCCGGAGCGAAUGCAGCUUACAAAAAGAUUGUAGAUUUUUUAGCUACUAUAGAUAUCUCAGAUGUUAAUCAAAUGAUUAGUAUCAAUGAAAAAGCUGCAGCAUAUGAUCUACUCGGUGCUAGUCUGUUUGAUAGACAUUCAUUAAUUCAAGAUGCUAUUGCUGCUUGGUAUCAUGCAAUCAGUUUACGUCAAGAAUUGAAUAGUUAUAAUAAUAAUAAUAAUAAUAAUAAUGAGGUCAUGAAUAAAAAGUUUAUUCCACAUCCUAUACCCCAAUGUUCUCAUUGUAUGAGUGGAUUAAACUUGACCAAUAUAUCAUCAAUUAAUCAAUAUUCAAUAAUUAAUGAAAAUAAUCAAAGUGUAGAGAAUAUUAAUGAAAAUUCUAUAUCAAGAAGAUGGAUAAUAAAUUGUAAUGAUGGGAAUAAUUGUUGGUCAUUAAUUCAAUUAGCUGCACGUGAAGCAAUUGGUAUAUCAGAAAUUAAUCGAUAUAAUGAACAAAAAUAUAAUGAAUUAUUUAUAAAGAAAUAUAUAAAAUUACAAUAUGAUUUACAAAAUGCUUAUCAAUAUGAAUUUGAACAUUUAGGUCAUUCAUUCAAAGAUUAUACAACAACAACAACAACAACAACAACAACAACAACAACAACAACAGAUGUACAAUCAUCACCAUUUUGUUCUGUUUUUCUUCAAGGUUCACAUAAUUCUCGUUUAGGUUUACGUUCAAGUUGUUCUACUGAUUAUUCUGAUCAAAAUUCAACUUCAUCUACACAUGGUCCACCACCACCACCACCGCCAUCAUCAUCAUCAUCACCUCUACCUUUUCUAUCAUCAUCAUUAACACCUACACAUCAUACUGCUGCUGGCGGUGGUGCUAGUGGUGGUGUAUUCAUUCAAUCUAUUACUCAAGUUGAUCCUAUUUUAGGCUUUGAACCAAAAUGUUGUCAAAUUGCACGUUAUCGUCGUUGCCUUCUAGAAUCUAUUCAUCAUCCUAUAAAGUUUACAAUAUCUGAAAAGAAUUCUACAACUACACUAUCACAUAAUAAUAUUGUACAUACUUCUGUUUCAAAAUAUAUUAAUCAAUGUUAUAAUUGUCAACGAAUACUUGUUUCAAUGAAGACUGCUUAUUUAAAUGAUGAUAAUAAUAAUGAUAAUUCUAUCUGUCCUAUUUGUAAAGCGCCAACAACUUAUACUGGUAGUCGUUCAAAUGAAAAGAGAAGCGGCAUGGCCCCAGUCGUCAAUUCUAAAUUGAAUACUCAUAAGUCACUAACCGAAAGUGAGAAUACUUUCAUGUAUAUAUGUCCAGAAUGUCAGUUAGCCACAGAAGAUCAUCCAUUAAUUCGUCGAUUAAAACAAUGCGGUGAAGAAGCAUUUGGACAUGUAUGCGAAUUUCAAACAUGUGAAGAUUUAACUAGUCUAAUGCAGAAUACACAUGUUUUACGUUUACAAUCUUUACUUAUACGUUUGCGUAUAUUGGGUCCAGAUCACCCGGAUACAAUUUAUUUUAUUCGUUAUCGUGGAGCAAUCUAUGCAGAUGCUGAUAACUUUCAUCAAUGUCUUAGUUUAUGGCGUUAUGCAUUAGAGUUACAACGAACUUUUCUUGAACCAUUAUGUCAUGUUUCACAGGCUGCAUUUGUUAGCUUUGCUGAAUUAUUCCAUUUUGUACUAACUAAUAAUUAUAUCGGUUUACCAGCUGUUGAUUUGAAUCCAGCACUAAUUGUUGAUUGUUUAGAAAUGGCUAUCGAUAAUAUUGAACGAGGAAUGGAUUAUUCCUUUUAUCAUUGGCAUCAUAGACAUCCAUGGUCGUAUACAGCAGCGGAUAAAGAAGCAAUCAAUUUAAUGCGUCAUGUAUCCUUAUGUCUACAUUUUAUAGCUAUGAUUUUAAUCCAUUAUGUACCAAAUAGUAAAGCUUUGCCAACUCUUCGACCUAUCCGACGUGAAUUAAUCAAUUUAACUCAAGUAGUCAAUGAACAUUUCAAUGACUCAAUACAAAAUCAUACUUCUAAUCUAUCAACAAUAGGUAUACCAAGUCUACUAGACUCCAGCAAUAAUAAUAAUAAUUGA